AUGGCCGUGGAAACGCAGAGCAAGGGCUUUGUCAUGGCAGAAAAAAAGAGGAGGGCAGCCACUGCCCGGCGGCAGCACCUGAAGAGUGCUAUGCUCCAGCUCGCUGCCACUGAAAUAGAAAAAGAAGCAGCUGCUAAGGAAGUGGAAAAGCAAAACUACCUGGCAGAGCAUUGCCCUCCUCUGUCCCUCCCAGGAUCCAUGCAGGAACUUCAGGACCUGUGCAAAAAGCUGCAUGCCAAGAUAGAGUCAGUGGAUGAGGAAAGGUACGACACAGAGGUGAAGCUACAGAAGACUACCAAGGAGCUGGAGGACUUGAGCCAGAAGCUGUUCGACUUGAGGGGCAAGUUCAAGAGGCCACCCCUGCGUCGGGUGCGCAUGUCGGCAGACGCCAUGCUGCGCGCCCUGCUGGGCUCCAAGCACAAGGUCUGCAUGGACCUCCGGGCCAACCUCAAGCAAGUCAAGAAGGAGGAUACGGAGAAGGAGAAGGACCUCCGCGAUGUGGGCGACUGGAGGAAGAACAUCGAGGAGAAGUCUGGCAUGGAGGGCAGGAAGAAGAUGUUCGAGGCCGGCGAGUCCUAA